AUGCAACCAAACUGCAGUCAUCUCCACAAUAUCCAAGGGAGCGGCGAUGACUCUUCAUCUCCUCAGAGCACCCACACAGCGAGGUUGUCAGGAGAGAGCUCGUGCCAUCAUAGUGGAGACGUUCGCAUACAGCUGAACUCUGCUGUGGGAGAAGCCAGAGAAAAUGAGAAUUCCCAGCAUUCAAGGCCAGGUUCCCAUAGUCGCACCCAUAGACAUGCCCACGGCGAAGCAGGGGGACUCGAUGAUUCCACUCCAGACUCAGAGGAACACAGCAGCAGCUCCCUCUCAGAGCUCAGAUACCUGCUCCAGUGGCUGCACAGAAGUCUGCCGUAUAUCUUGAUUCUGUGUGUCAAAUUGGUCAUGCAGCAUAUAAUUGGCAUUUCUCUUGGAAUUGGGCUGCUAACAACUUAUGUGUAUGCAAACAAAAGCAUAGUAAAUCAGGUUUUUCUAAGAGAACGGUGCUCCAAGUUGCAAUGUGCUUGGUUACUAGUAUACUUAACUGGAUCAUCCCUCCUCUUGUAUCACACGUUUCAUUCUCAGUCACUGUAUUACAGCUUAAUCUUCUUAAACCCUACUGUGGAUUUUAUGAACUUCUGGGAGGUACUCUGGAUUGUGGGAGUCACAGACUUUAUUCUGAAAUUCCUCUUCAUGGGCUUCAAGUGCAUUAUUCUCUUGGUGCCUUCUUUUAUGAUGUCCUUUAAAUCCAAGGGCUACUGGUACAUGCUGUUAGAAGAACUCUGCCAGUAUUACCGUAUGUUUGUCCCCAUACCAGUUUGGUUCCGUUAUCUUAUUGGCUAUGGGGAGCUGGACAGUGUACUAGGAUGGACCCUUGGGAUAUUGCUGGGCCUUCUCUACCUCAUCCUGAAACUUUUGAGCUUUUUUGGACAAUUGAGAAACUUCAGGCAGGUCUUACGGAUAUUUUUUACACGACCACACUAUGGGGUGACAGCUAGCAAGAGACAGUGUUCUGAAUCGGAUGACAUUUGUUCAAUCUGCCAAGCUGAAUUUCAGAAGCCUAUUCUGCUUAUCUGUCAGCACACAUUUUGUGAAGAAUGCAUCUCUUUAUGGUUUAAUAGAGAAAAAACGUGUCCACUCUGCAGAACUGUUAUUGCAGACCAUGUUAACAAGUGGAAGGAUGGAGCCACAUCUAUGCAUCUACAGAUUUUCUAA